CAAAACCAACAGAGUAUGGAAGGAACUAUCUUGGAACUUGAAUGCAAGUGUUUUAGUAUAUUGGACACACAUUCAUUCAUUGUUCGUUACGAAUUCACGACUUCUCUACUGAUUAGAGUUCAACCAUCGCUUGUAUGCUUGUUCAUGUGCAUAGAGACCAAUACGAGAAUGACAAUCGCGAUAACAGAUGGUGCAUACAUAUUGACUUGUAAUUACUCCUUGAGGCCUUUGCUGAUGUAUGUGUCGUAGUUCUAAUUUUCAUUCUCUCAUCUUCAAACUUCCUCAGACUAUAUGACACUUUCUUCCUCCAAACCAAACGAUCAGACGCCAGUGACUCCCAAAUAUCCUGACUGAUGCCCACAUUUUGCAGAUGAUGAUGAAGCAUGCCUUUAUCCACCAGUUUUCUCUUGGCAUUUAACAACUGUCGAUAGAUCACUUGCUUUGGUAGCCUUUUGUCAUUCAUUCUUGUGACAUGACCGACCCAUUGCAGUUGUUGUUUGUUAUCAUACAUUCAAUCCCUGUCAUACCAGAUUGUUUCAGAACCUCACUAUUUGACACUUUUUCACUCCAAUGAAUUUGCAAGUUACGACGCAGACUACGAAGAGGGAAUUUUUCAAGUUUUUUAAUGUUUCUCCUAUAAUGCGUCCAUGAUUGUGUGACUAUGCCUGUCAUGGUCAGGAAUGUGCCAUUCUAUUUUUGCGGUUCAAUGAUCAUGCAAGCAGUGUUUGCUAUUGAUCAUACAUGGCAACCACAAACAGUGGACAAACUGCCAGUCAUUUUUGCAAAACGUUCUUGGAAGAGUUUAUUGCCAGAACAGUAAUUGAUGUUUGCUAUUACUUGGUCUUGUCGGAUGAACAACAGAACUUAUCUGUCUGCAAGUGCUAAUGUGAAAUCAAUUGCUUUCCUGGCUUAGGACAUUUAUACGGAAAUCUAAAUUGCGCAACUAUGAGCGAUAUUUAUAUCUCGUGAUAAUUCUUCCUGUACUUUGACGAGUAUACAGUGACAUGAAAAAACAUUUGCUUUGUACAAUUUUAGAUAGAUUUUAGAAGUAGCACGCUGAAAAGAAAAAUAGCGUCUACAUUUAUAAUUCUUUGCAAAUAUCCUUAUCAGAAGGCUCAUAGCUGUGGAAGCAAGGUUGUAAACAGGUUCAAUUACUAGUUCUAUAGUACACAGUAUUUCAUGAUAUUACAGUGUCAUCAUAUAAUUAAAAUCUGAACUAUGGCUACACUGAAUCUGUUCUGUAGAAGUAUAUACUUUUGAAGUAAACCAAGUGUUGAUUUGGUUCUGGUCUGUGUUGGUAACUUGCUUUGAAAAUCUAGCAGAAUGCAAUUAUUUGUACUGUAUGGCAAAUGCUUUAUAUUGUGUGUAUGGCUUUCAGAGUCUCAUCUUGUGAUGCUGCAUCUGUAUUGUAUUGUAAUGCUUUGUUUUGUAUUGGCUAAAUGUAUUUACCAACAACUUUAUGUCACUAAAGGCUUAGACCAGCUGUUGAUCUUGUCAUCACAGUAUCAUCCUAUCCAAACGGAGACUGCAGGAGAAAACACUGAGGAAUCUGGAAAAAAUGGAGUUAGACAGGAUAUUGAUGACAAUGAGGAUGACAUGGAUUUAACAUGCAUUGGUAACCAGCAUUCUAAUGUUUCUGCUUAUCAUCAGACCAAGCUAACUUUGUCAAGUGGAAACCAACAACUGCUGUUGUCACCAUUAAGCUUACCAGAUGCUGCUUGUCUGGGACCUGACCCAUCAUUUUUUAAUUCAGAUCUUGACAUCACUUGUGACAAAGUUAUGUCACCUGUGACAUUUAAUAGAACCAUUGGUAGCAAUGAAAUGAUGGUAUCAGCUGGUCAAUAUGGUGAAAUUAAACCAGAAGAAGCAAGUGCAAACAAGACAUCAUCAUGUACAAAAUCAUUGUCAUAUGGCAGCUCAACCAAUAUGGCUGCUUACUUAGUUUUGUGUGGUGAUGAAAAAUACAACAGCAGCAAAGGAAACGUAUUUUGUAAAGACAGCCAAACAGCUGGUCAUCUUUCAGCUAUCUUGAGACCUUCUUCAGAGAAAUCAUUUCAAAUGUCUGUCUGUGGAGAGAUGGCAGGAAUUGGAAGCAGUAAACUGCAAGAAAAUAAGCAACACCCAUUGCCUCUCACUAAAGGCCACUCAUGUACUUCUUGUCCCGACUUGAGUAGCAAAAAUAGGAAUCUUUGCAUUAAGGCAAAUGAAAUCAGCAGUAGUAGCAACCAGAAUACUUAUACUGUUAAGAUGAAUUCAGAAAGUACAGCGACUAACAGCUUCUUAUCAAGUGCUGGUGAAAGCAGUAGUCUACUCAGCAAACAAUGUUUGGAAAUGCCUGACUUGCUGUUGGAGACGAGUGACGAAUUGGUAGAUCAUGAUACAAAUGUAUUGGUAAAUGAGAAAGAAAAAGAGAAUAACAAGACCAAAGAAAAGGGACAAACUGUGCAGCAGAAAGAGGUUGCUGAAGACACGAAACAAUGCCAAGGUACAGUCAGUGACAGCUUUUUAUCAAGUGAUGACGAAACCAAUAGUCUACUCAACAGACAAUCCCUGGAAAUGGCUGGCUUGCUGUUAGAGAUGAGUGAGGAACGUAUAGAUCGCACUGCAGAUGUAUUGGAAAAAGAGACAGACGAAAAGGGACAAACAUUGCAGCUGAGAGAUAUGGGUGGCAAUGAGAAACAAGAUCAAGAAACAAAGAUCGAUUGUGAAGGAGUGACAAUAAUAGACAAGGAGAGCAAUGAUGCAUGGAGUCAAUGUCAGCAGCAGGAGCAGCAGCAGCAGUUUGUUUUAGAAGUAAAAACUGAGAUGCAAAGUUUGACAUCAUCAUCUUACAAAUGUCAUGAAACCAAAAGCUUAUCUUCAUCAAAUAUAGACCUAAACAAUGAAGCCAGUCCACAGGUUUUGGUGAUUCCAAAGACACAACGUUUGCCUACUUUUUUGGAUUGGUUGGAGUAUGUCAAGGAUCUUGUUACUGACAGUCAGAGAGUUCUUCCCUGGAAGCUCAAACUAUCUUGUUGUGAUGCCAAUCAUUUGGUAUUUUCCUAUCCUCACUUGAAGCUAACUGUUGGGCUGUCACCUAGUACAGCUAUAGUGGCAGAUAUUCCUUCAUCCAGACACAUUACAUCUACAGAAUUUGAAGUUAUUUCUGAACAUGUGAAUUGUUUCACACAAUUCAUGUAUGGUCUUGUUCAGCAAUCAAGCAGUCUUCAUGCCUACUCUAGCUUACAACACAUCACUGAACUGUUGAAUGAUGUGGGGUUAAUGGUAAGACAAGCACAAGCUGUGGGUUGCUUGCUAUGGGAAAUGUCUAUGAAACAUCUGGUAGUAGCCAAAGCAGAAAUAUCAGCGCUCUUGAUGGAAUGGCAUUGCUACAAUCCUCCAUAUGUAUGCUCUGCUCUUUUUACAUUGUGCUUCCAUCACUCUCGUCUAAGGAUUGAAGUGUCAAACAGACAUAUCAGAGUGGGGAUGCUGACGGACCAGAAAAUGGAGGCACUAACUGGUGCUGCUAUGAAACACAUUGGCCAUAUUGCAGAGACAGUCUGCAAGUAGUUUCGUAAAUUCAACCAUUAGUAUAUUGACAUCUAUUACUAGACGGCAGGUUAACUAGAAAUACGUACCUUGUUUCUGGCGCCCACAAUAUAGUAUUUCUUGUCACC